AUGGCCGUCCCGCCCAAGUUCGCCGCCCACAAGCUCACUUUUGCGCCGCCCAAGGCUCUCGCCGACGGCACUCCUUUCGGCGGCGUCCCAGCCCAGCCGCACACUAUUGAGAUCUACCUCGAUUACGUCUGCCCUUUCUCCGCAAAACAGUUUAACACCUUCUAUCAUCAAGUCGUUCCCGCCAUUCGUUCCAACCCAGCCUGGGCCUCCAACGUCGAGGUCAUCUUUCGCCAGCAGGUGCAGCCAUGGCACCCUUCCAGCACGCUGGUCCACGAGUCUGCCGUUGCCGUCAUCAAGGUCGCCCCUGAGAAGUUCUGGGAGUACAGCGACGCACUGUUCAAGGCACAGAAGGAAUAUUUCGACGUCAACGUCGUCAACGAGACGCGCAACGACACCUACAAGCGCCUCGCCAAAUUGGCCGGCUCUGUCGGGGUCGACGAGAAGAAGGUGUACGAUCUGCUGGUCGUCUCGGACAAGCCCAGCGAAGAUGGCUCGCUUAACAGCGGUAACGGCGUGACGAACGACUUCAAGGUGCUCAUCAAGCUUGCGCGGUUGACGGGCGUGCACGUCAGCCCUACGGUGCUUUUCGACGGAUACCCCAACAAUGCGAUCAGCUCGAGCUGGACGUUGGAGCAGUGGAAGGAGUGGCUGCAGCAGAACGUUGUCUGA